AUGAAGAUUAAUCGGGAGAUUGAGAAAAUCAUGGUAUUUAUUCGACACCCUUUGCUGCAAACAACUGCUUUGUUAUGUUUGCAAUAUGGUUUGGAUCGCUGUCCUGCCGGAAAAUGUACUCUGAAAGGCCUAUAG